CCUAUUUCUGCGCAUUCUAACUGUGCUGGUGGAUCGCCUUCGCCUUCUGCUCCCGAUCUCUCCGCCCGUCUCGCGGCCCGCCUGCUGCCGUUCGCCGGACUCGGUCUGCUCCAGCCGUCCCCCUUCCUAUUGUGGCGUGGUCACCUUGCUCCACCGCAGGCCAGUCGCAGCAUCCAGUUUCCCUAGUUCAGCAUCCUCAAAGUUGGCCCUCUUCUCCUCGACGACAGUUCUUCUAGAACUCUGAGGCAGGAGAAUUAGGGUAUCGUUCCAUCAAAAUCAAUGAAUUUCUGCUAAAUGAGAUUUGGUGUAACAAUGGUUGAUGGCUAUGAGAUUUUCUAUACUGACCCUUAUAAUUCUGUUCCUUUCUAUCUGUUCUUCAGAUCGGACAAUAAAACUUUCUACCACAUUUUUGCAUCCUGUAAGCAGAGGGAAGAAGAGCAGUCGUAUCAGCAGCUUAAACAAUUCCAAGUAAAAUGGUGGAUGCAUGGUGGUCAUUACUAGGGGCUGCAAUUCCAGCAAUCAUAGCAGGUCAAGCCAUCAGAGCCAGAAGACGAUAUGCUGAAGAACAAAGGCUCAAGAAUGCUCGCGGGCGUGAAAAGAACUCCGACGAAAUCUUUGUGUGCGAGAGAGUUUGUACUUCUAAGAGAAUGUUGAAGAAGGUGGGUGCAUUUUCAAAGGAUCCGAUCCUCGACACCUGUGUCACCGUUUGUGGUGUUUCAGAACUUGAUGCCUGCGCUGAUGCCUGCGCACGGACUGUUUGUGUUAACCAACACCAGGUGCCCAAUUGGAAUGACAUCUGCAUGAAAAGGUGCCAAAGUGAAUGCCUCAGGCUAUCUGCAUCUUCAACUUAAAUUGUGCAUCUCGACCGGAAUAAAAGCGGUUAUCGGAUUUUAUCUGCAUUAGUAGUUUGCAGCAUUUUUUUUGGUUUGAAAUAUUGCCCGCAAAAACUGUGAGAUACUUGCCCCUUCGUUUGGUAUGUAUUUUGAAACAAACGAGUUUGUCAAGAGCAUGAACUUUGAGUAAUGUCAAUAUACUAGUUUUUUGCUCGAGUCUA